AUGCCAGGUAAAUCAAUAAUUUUUAAUAAAAUAUUUGAAUAUCAUUUAACAACAGGUUUUGGAAGAAGCACUAAAGGAAUUUAUUUAUAUUUAUAAAAAAUUUAAAAUAGAGCACUUUUUAAUGAUUUAUUUGAUUUCAUUAUACUUUUAGAUACUGUAGGUUUUAAAGUUCUAAUUAAGAUAAUUAAGAAUUAGAUAAAAGAAUAGUAUUAUCAAUAAGUGAUAUUAUUGAAGUGA